AUGAGGGACACCACGGAAGAAGUGAAUCGCCUGGAGCGUGAGAAGCAAGAGUUGCAGGAGGAAGCACAAAAGGCAGAGCAGAAGUACCAAGAGGAGGUGAAGCUCCACGCAAGCGACGCGAAAGAGUUGGGCAGCGCCCACGAACGCCUCACGGAGCUCGACAGGAGCUGCUUGCAGCUGAAACACCAGGUGAAGGACCUGGAGCGCGAGACAGGCCGUGCGCGCGAGGAGCGCAAGGAGGAGUUGAGCUCGGUACGGAAGCGAAUGGAGCCGCAAGCGGAGCGGCACGCGGAGUUCCUCUCGGAAGAGAACAGCCGCUACCGGGAUCAGAUCGUGGCGUUGAGCCGCAGCCCUGGGGAAGAGUCACAGCAGGUCCUCGCGGAGAUGAAGAAAGCCCGUGAGAUCGGCGAACUCGAACGUCGGCGCUUGGAACUCCAAAAGACACAGGUCGAGGAAGACGUCCGGGCAUUGCGGGCGGAAAAUCAGAGUUUGCGGGAGCAGCUGGCGAAUCAGCAGAGCUUCUUGGAAAGAUGGCAGGAGAUUGGACUUGUUGAGGUGCUGGAUCUGGGAACUAGAAAUGCUGGUAAGAGUGCAUAUGAGACAUGUUCCUUGUUGACCCCCAUAGGCUGCUAG